AUGUGGGACUUUGUGCAAGUCACUGUGGUGGUGACACGUGUCCUGGAGAUUAGGUUCGGCAGUUUGAGAGCUUCGGCAGUCGGGGGCUUCGGCAGGUGUCUGGCACCUUGGAAGAGUGUCUUCCUUCGGCGGGGAAGACGUGGCUGCCUUGGUGCUAGUUGUUUUAAGGCUAGAUAUGCUCGGUUGAUUAUGGUGUAA